CGCCCGGGCGCAGGGGCGCGGCGGGGAGCGCUCGCAGGGGCGCGCGGCGGAGCUGGGCCGAGGAGGAGCGCGCGGCGCACGCCAUGGGCUGCGGACUUUCCCAGCCUGCUGAAGAGCAGAGACGGGUCCCCGCGCCCAAAAAGGGAUGGGAAGAGAAGGUCAAGGCUAAUGUCAGUGUGGCUCAUUCUGGGGAGAACUGCAGACCCCAAACUGAAGCUGCGCUGCCCAAGGACCCUGUGGGCAGCCCUGAAGGCCUCGAAAAACAGGCCCAGUUGGGAAGCCUACCCGGAACUAUUCCAGAAAGUUCCCCAUCUUCUAGUGAGAGAAACGGAAGAGUAAAUUCAGACCUAGUGACCAAUGGAUUAAUCCAUAAACCCCAACCCCUAGAGAAUCGAGAGCGACAAAAGUCGUCAGACAUCCUGGAGGAAUUAAUUGUUCAAGGAAUAAUACAAAGCCACAGCAAAGUAUUUAGCAACGGAGAAUCAUGUGAUGUCAUGGUGAACACAACUGAGAAGCCGCUGAGAAAGCCACCAGCCAGGCUGAAAAAACUUGAGAUCAAAAAGGAAGCAAAAGAUUUCACAACGAAGGACGCGGAAGAGAAGACGCAGGCCGCGGAGGAGCGCAGGAAGACUAAAGAUGAAGAAAUAAGGAAAAGGCUACGGAGUGACCCACUUUUGCCCGCAACCAAUAAUCAUUCAGAUUCAGCUGAACCCGGUGGGGGCGAGGUUCCAUUUGUCAAAGAGUUUAACCCUGGGAGUUGUGCGGUGUUUGAACCAUCGGACCUGCAGGGAGGAAAGCCGUUGAAGAGGAAGAAGAGUCAGAGUGAUGCGCCCUCAAGUGACAGAAACAACGAUUAUGAAGGGAUUGGGGUCGUGGAGUCAGACAUGUCCUACAACCAAGCAGAUGACGUAUUCUGAUAAGCCAUUUGAUGUGAGUUUCGUGAGAAGGCGUCCAUUCUCCCCAGUUGUGAUGUUCGUAGUGUGUCUCAUGUUUUUCUUUGACUGCCUGACCUCACCCCACUGGGUUUGCCUUGGCUUUAGGAAUGAUUGACCUGCAUGGGUGGGAGGUUAGUUGAGUAAAUUAAAUGGCUGUGCUAGUUAAAAAAAAAAAAAAAGGAACAUUUAACUGGCUUCGAUAUUAUGUAGUUGGCAUUCGCCUCCAG